AUGUUAUCCAAAUUCAUUUUCGCGGGCGCAACCCUAGUGGCGCUCUCCGGCCUAGCCAAUGCCCAGACAAACAUCACCGAGAAAGACUGCGCCUCCACAUCCGAGUACUCAAAGUGCAACAGGGAUGUCGCGGACAAGUGGAGCUCCUGUCUCCGAGGCUGCAACGGCAAUGGCAACUGUGCCGUGGAUUGUGGCUGCGAGUCCCACCAGAAGUAUAUAAAUUGUAUGGCGGAGUCAUGCUGGAACCAGGUCUACUCCUGCAAAUACCAGCUCUUCGUCCAGCAAUACUUCGCCGUCUGCCCAAGCGCCAAAGAACCAAUCCCCUUCUGGCCACCCCCGGCGAACGCCCCAAACCGCUGCUCCUGCGAUCUAGGCAAAGUCACCCAAACAACCCUCUCAUCCCGCAACCAGCAGAUAAAAUGCAUGCGCGACGUCACCGACAAACUCACCGCAGACAUCGGCAACAUCCCCGACCUAUCGAAUCUAAACAACGGUCUUGAUAUCGCCAACCGCGCCUCGGACUGCGCCUGCUGCGGAGCCAGUGCUAGUAUCUCCGCCUCAUGGGAUAUCUGCCCACACACCAACCCCACCCUCGCCGGCGUAGGAAUGUGGGAUGUCUUCUUCCCCUCCGACCUCCCAAACCUAUACACCUCCCUCCCGAACUGGGCAUGGUCGUCAUGCGACGCAACGCUCCAGGAUACGAAGUGCCGGGACCUUGGAUUCACAGAUAUAGACAAGUUCUAUAAGCCAGGCGAUUUCCCUAAGAACGGUACUUCGACUCUGUAUGAAGUUGGUGGAACAGUUUCGGCGCCGCCCAGUGGGACUGUGCUUGUUUGGUCGCAGGCUUCGACUACUUAUACCGUUUCGGCGACGGGGUAUGAUCAGAAGGCUGUUGCUAGUCAGAGUGAGUAUCGUGCUACGGCUACUGGGAGUGAUGUGGCGUUUGCGACGCAGACUUCUGAUAGUGGGGCUGGGGUUGUGAGGGGUGGUGUUGGGGCUGUUGUGGCUGCUGUUUUUGCGGUUGCUAUGUUGUGA